AUGAAGAAUUUUGAAUUAAUAAAACAAGGCGCUGAAGCUAAAUUGUACAAAGGAAUCUACUUGGGACAAUCUACAAUUGCUAAAGAACGAUUUAUCAAAAACUAUCGCCAUCCAAGUUUAGACACCAACCUUACCAAAGAAAGAAUAAAAGCUGAAAGUAGGGCCUUAAUGAGAUGUAAAAUAGCAGGAAUUAGAACCCCAGCCAUAUAUUUAGUGGACUUUAAACGACGUACGAUUUUUAUGGAAUAUCUGGAAUACAGUAAAACCGCUAAAGAUUUUAUAGAAGACUAUACUAAAUUAGGGUUAAUAAAAGAACUAUCGCAGUUCUUUUACGAAAUAGGAAACCUACUGGGAAAACUUCACGAAAACAAUAUAAUUCACGGAGAUCUGACCUCUUCCAAUAUUCUAGUUGUUAAUAAAAAUAACGAACAUAAUUAUGAUAGUUUAAGCGAGUUAGAUUUGGUUGCAAUAGAUUUUGGGUUAGCCCAUAUUGAAUCAAAUACCGAAGACAAAGGGGUAGAUUUGUACGUUUUAGAACGAGCGCUAUUAAGCACCCAUAGUGUAGCUGAGGAAAUAUUUCCUAAGAUUUUGGAAGGAUAUAAAAAGCAGUACAAGAACGGCAGCAGGGAAGUUUUUCUAAAGUAUGAAGACGUUAAAGCUAGAGGAAGGAAAAGAACUAUGGUUGGAUAA